CUCUCAACGAACAGUACAAAUGGAGGUAACAAAUACCCGUAUAAUUAAACAGGACGCCCAAAACAAGCAAAGUUGCUUUCUCUGUACUUCAAAUGGUUGAGAAGUAAUCUCUCUUCACAAAACCAACACUCACGCUCUCUCUCUCUCUCUCUCCCUCUCUCUCUCAGAGAGCAACACAGAAACAUUUUGACCGCCAUAGCUAUCUCUCUCUCUCUCUAUAUAUUUCUACUCUACCCAUUUGGCCAUUUUGCCCACAUUGGCUUCCUGUUCCCUCUUUUCUCUCUUUCUCACUCGUUUCGCUCUCGAAAUUGCACAGUUCGUUUCAAAACCUUAAUCCAGUUACUGGGUUUUGCUUAAUUAGCACAACCACUCUUUGUUUGAGCUCAGAAUUUUGAGAAAUUAGCUCAGAAUUGAGCUCUGUUUUGGUUCAAUUUGCCGCCCAAUUUCCCAGCAACCCAUGGACCCAACCGGAGCAACCGUACCCGGAUCCAUUUUACCAGGACCCGAGUUCGAGUCCCUCCAAUUCCGAGAAGAAAUCCACCGACUCAUGACCUUGCCACCGGAGAACGCCAGCUCCUUCACGGCGCUUCUAGAACUUCCGCCGACCCAAGCCAUGGAGCUCCUCCACCUAUCGCCGGAGGCCAACUCUACUCCGACUCCGGCAGCCAUCUCCGGCGAGGCGCGCGUCCAACACCCUUUCAAUUCCAGCCUCAGGUUCCCUACAAAACCCGCCUUAAUCGAACGCGCCGCCAAGUUCUCGAUCUUUGCCGGAGAGGGCUCGCCGGAGACAAGCUCCAUCCCGUCCAACUCCGGCGCGGAUUUAGAGAAGGUGAAGACCGAGCCGGUCGAGACUGAUUCGAACCCGAACUUAUCCCAGCUGACGCUUGACGCAACCAAGAACAACCAGAGGUCCUCGGCGAAGAGAAAGGAGCGAGAGAAGAAGGUUAAGGUCUCGACGAAGAAGAGCAAGAGCGAAAUCAAAGAAGACGCCGACAAGGUUCCCUAUGUUCAUGUUCGUGCUCGGCGUGGUCAAGCCACAGACAACCAUAGCUUAGCAGAGCGAGCGAGGAGAGAGAAGAUUAAUGCGAGGAUGAAGCUGCUGCAGGAGCUGGUCCCAGGAUGCAACAAGAUUUCAGGCACGGCACUGGUUCUGGAUGAAAUCAUCAAUCACGUGCAGUCCCUACAACGUCAAGUUGAGUUCUUAUCAAUGAGACUUGCGGCAGUCAACCCAAGAAUUGAUUUCAACCUUGAUAGUAUAUUGGCUGCUGAAAGUGGAUCUCUAAUGGAAGCUAACUUCGCCAAUAUGGUUACACCUCUGAUGUGGCCAGAAGUCCAAAUCAAUGGAAACAGACAACCGUAUCAUCAGCAAUGGCACUUUGAUACUCAUCAGCCUGGUUGGGGGAGGGAAGAAGAAACUCAUACUUUCAUUACUCCAGAGAUCUCCCUUAUCAGUUGUGAUUCUUCAGCAAAUUCAGCAACUCUGCAGACAAGUCAUUUGAAGAUGGAGAUGUGAAGACGACGUAAUUAAGUUCUGCUGGUAGAAGUGUAUAUAUCAAGUAUAGUGUUUUAGCAGUUAGCAGGAAGGAGAGGAAAUGCCUCGGUAUUCAUGGCGCGUUUCUUUGGUCUCUAUUUUUCAGGGUCAGUUAUGAAUCCUGAUUUCCCUCUGUCUAGAGAGGGAAAUGGGUUUAUGUUAUCCUUAUGAAAUAUAUAUAUAUACUAACUUUGAGGGUCAUUCAAUCUAAUACUUAUUUUUUGAACUGUUUGAUUGGUUCCUAUUGUAAAAUCAUUGAAUGAACCAUUGCUUAACAACUGUUAUUGGAAGACUUCUUUGUUCA